CUUUACUUUUCUCCAUCCCACUCUUUCAUUAUAUAUAUAUAUAUAUGUAAGAAGAAAGUACACGAACAUGUUAGUGCUAAACAUUAAAGUUAAAAAAAAAAAAAGAAAAAAAAACUAGUUUUUCGAAUUUUUUUGAUAAAAGCAAGUACAAAUAAAACAUUUAAAUACUUAUAAAUAAAAUUAUGUCUGCAUGUGUUCGUAUGUGAUGUACACACGUGUGGUUAAGGUUAAGUAACAGCGCAGCUAUGGUCAAAGUCAACUGAGCUGCGUCGUUAAAAUACUGGGCACGCAACUUACAGAAACAUUUAUGCCUUGUACACAAUUAACCACACGCACAGUGUUGUCAAACAAAGAAAAGGCGAAAAGGGUUAAAUCGUCUUCGACGAUAAAGUCGACCGUAACAACAGCUGAUUUAUUGUCUGAUAAAAGAAUACGAAACAUCUCUUGGCCGAGGCAAAAAGAGCGCUGGAAGAGAGUGGCCACUAAACGUAAAAGCGAUGAAAAUGAGAACUAACUGUACAUUACAUUUUUAAGGAGAGACACAAUCCACUAUCUGACUGGAAUAGAAGCGCUGAUCACAAUCCAUGGCACGGCUGUAAUUUAAGGAAUAUAAGAGAAAUCAGGUAAGACCGAGAACGGGAAUUUUAAAGCAAUUUAACAACAUACUGUAAUUUGCGUUUUAAUUCGAUAGAAGCACAAUCUUGAUAUCCUGUCAUAAGACAUAUGAAUAUGAGGCAUGCAGAACCUGGAAGAGUAUUGAUUUAUAUAUAUGUGCGUGAAAAGUCAAAAUGUCCUUCAAUAUGCUUAGUAAUAAGUAAUUGCAGUUUUGAUAGUUUCAGUGUAAUUCCAAACGUUUCGAAAAAAGCGGUUAAAAAGGGAAAAUUCGCUAUCGGAAUUUCCGAAAUUCCAAUCUGAGGCAUAAUGACGCAUAUGUGAAACGAUUGCUGAAACUAUUGACAAAGAGAGCGCUACAACAUACGACAGCAAUUUGCGAAAACGAAUAAAAUCGUAGUCGAAAACAAGAACCACACUUUUUCCCAUACCGAUUGUCAUAGAGGGUAGAGAACACAAGCCCGCAUAAACUCGUACAAUUUUUAUGUAAUAUAUUUGAAGAAAAUAAAAUUCGAAAGUGAUUUGUUUACAAUUAACUUUAAAACGUUGAGUGAAAAGAUUUUGAAGAUGCGAUGCGGGUUAAAGGCACCUUUGUGCCUCGUCGGAAUGAUGACAAACAUUUCACGUUACGAUGAAGUGCGAAAGGGAAAUUAUGUCUUAUGUCGACUUCAACAUACUCCUAUUCCUAUUCAUCUAAAUUAUGCUCAUCUUCGUUGCAGACGCUCGAACAUGUGUGUGUUAUGGAAUAUGCGUAAAUAUCGCAACAGUUGGGCUAUGAGAUCUUUAAGAUCUAUUAAAAUAUCUGCAAUAAAAAAACGAAGAACUUUGUCAAGCAUUAAUCGCAUAUUUUGCUUAUAUCAAUUUUAUCGCAACUUCAAGGCUAACGAGCCAGCUCGACACACAAUGGGUAACUUAAACCGAGGAAGGAAGAGAAUAUAGACGCAAGGCAUUCACUGUUAGCCAACGUACGUUAACGUCGCGCAUAAUUUCACUGCGAGAAACGUGUAAAAUGGGAUUAAAGAGAAAGUGUCUCCACGCGAUGGAUAUAAAAAAA